AUUUUGGCUUAAUCAAUAAAAUAACAAGUUCAGCUUUUAACCUGCAAAAUCAGAAACACGGAUGAGGACGAUUUUUUGACAACGGAUUCGAAUAGAAGAGACUUUUUCCUUCAAAUAAAACGUUUCUGAGCUGUGGGAGUUGCGAAACGAGCUAGGUGUCAAAAAUUUAAUACGACAAAAACAUCGUUUUGAAGCCAUUUCUGUGCGUUUUUGCUACAAAAAAGUGGCAUCUUCUUUGAUACCUAGCUAUUCUUGUUAGACGCAUUGAGCAAAUCUGAUACAAUAUUUGGAUAGAGCACACUCGAAUCCAUAGAGUCCUAUAGGCGUUUCCUUAUUCACGCCUGCAUAUUAGUCAGGGGAACGACGACAAGUAGAUUUGAGCCCUUGUCUCUAUAAUUGUGGCCAGUUCAUUAGCGUGCAUGCACUUUAAAUAAGUGUUUUAAAAUCAGUUGAGUUGAAUGGAUUUAUUCGUUGUUUUACUAAUUAAUUUAUUAAGUUUGUUGAAAUACCGGAUGACUGUCAUUGUAUUUUUGUUGAUUUUCAGCUCCAACACUGAAAACGUUAUGUUUAUUAUCACUAGCAAAUUUAAGAGUUAAAAUUGACAAUUUACCAUCGAAUUUAAGAGAAGAUCUUGAACUAUUGAAUCGUACCAAUCGCGAUACUCAACGACCAACGGACGAAAAAAAACGAAUUUCUUCCUCAUCGUGUCCUUGUGAAAAUCAAACUUUAUGUCAACCAUUGCAAAUUGGUGAUCGAAAAGAAAAAAUAGCGUUCCAAGUUGAUAAAUCAAAUUGGCUCCAAUAUGACUGGUCUCAAUUAACAACAAUCGCUCUUUUUACAGAACUUGAUCCACAGUUACUUUGUUAUGCACAUGCGAGAAACGUUCGUCUAGUUUGGGCAGCCAAUUUUCCCGUUGAUCAAUUGUUGAAUGAUACAGCAAAUGACAUAUGGAUCAAUGAACAAGUUGAAAAAGUACGAUCGACGUAUACGGAUGGUGUCAAUGUUGAUAUGGAAGAUUCAAUAUUGGAUAAAACGCCCCAAGUGAAAUUAUUUACAGAAUUAGUCAGAAAUUUAACGAAUAGAAUGCACGAGACAAUACCGGGAUCGCAGGUCACAGUUGAUGUUGCUUGGAGUCCAUCAUGUAUUGAUCUCCGUUGUUACGAUUAUGUUGGUUUAUCACAAGCAUCCGAUUGGUUAUUUGUCAUGUCCUAUGAUAUGCGCUCACAAAUAUUUGAUACUAAUGACUGUAUUGCAUCAGCUAAUUCACCUAUUCAUCUAGUGUCAAAUGGUCUAUUUAAUUUUACCCGUCUAUUGGAUAUUCCUGUCAACAAACUUGUUUUAGGUGUACCAUGGUAUUGUUACGAUUAUCGAUGCUUAUCGCUAGAUGAUAAGAACAUUUGUCAAAUAGAACAUGUACCGUUUCGGGGUGCGCCGUGUUCAGAUGCUGGCGGUCGAGAAAAAGAUUACAGUGAAUGUAGACGAUUAUUACGAACAAAAUCGACAACUGGUCGACUGUGGAAUGAUACGUAUAAGUCUGCUUAUUUCAAUUAUAUGGAUACAGAUUUCAAUUUUCAUCAAAUAUGGAUGGAUGAUCCAGAAUCACUCGGCUAUAAAUAUCAAAUAGCAAAUUCUUUGGAGUUAAGAGGCGUCGGUAUGUGGAAUGUGGAUGCCUUAGAUUAUUCGAAUUCAACGGAAGAAGGUAUACAAGAUACAAAGAAUAUGUGGAACGCUAUGAAACAAUUUCAUACGUGA